AUGCUAUACAAGCGCAUCGACUUGCACCCAGGUCAUCAGAAUGGCCAGUUAUCUGUCCCAAGCCAGACACAAGGCAAGCCUCAGCCGGAAUAUGAGAAUGGGAAGCCGUCUGUUUCCAUUCAUGGCUCACCAGAGCCCACCCACAACAAUGGAACCUACCAUCCUCCUGCUCGGCCAACUGUCUCCACAUCGCAACCCGGUGCCGCAGUAAUUCCUUCAGCGUCAGCACCCAACAACAAGGGUCAAGAGGCCGCCCCAACGACUCUUGCCACAGAAGCAGUAGUUACCGGCGAGGGACAGGCAGCCAAGUCGACACAGGGUCUGUAUCCUUCUCAGCCCGCAGAGGCACCAUCCACACCGGUUAUUGCUUCAGGCGCCAACAAACACCAGCUCAUGGCUUGGACCUGGAUGGCUGGGAUCAUCGGCUUGGUGAUGGUUUUUGAGUAA